AUGAAGUUUUCCACGUCUACCACUAUAGUGUUUCUUCGGCUCGCCAGCCUUGCCUGGGCUGGGUGCGACGACAGCGCUGACGGGUUUGCCUCCCUGAACGGCGGUACCACUGGCGGCAAGGGUGGCACCGUGGUGACUGUUAGCAACCAAGCAGACCUAGCGAAAUACGCAGGCUCAGACGGAAAGUAUAUCAUCAAGGUGUCGGGCAAGAUCAACAUCUCGCCCAAAGGGAGCGAGGUGGAGGUAGCCAACGACAAGACCAUCAUUGGCAUCGGCGCGAAGGCCGAGAUUUUUGGGGGCGGCUUCAAGAUAAUCAACAGGAGCAACGUCAUUGUCCGCAACCUCCGGAUCGGCGGCACCGACGGCGGCGAGGAACUGGACUGGGAUGGAAUCCAAGUUGAUACCUCCACCAACAUCUGGAUCGACCACUGUAAAUCCAUCAUCAUGCCUUCUCUUCAUCACCGCCCAUUCCCACUAACAACACCCCUAGGCAUAUUCGAAACUAUCGGCGACGGCGGCAUCGACCUGCGCAAAAACACGGACUUCUUUACCGUCUCCAACACCUGGCUCAAAGGCGUGAACAAAGCCUUCGGGAUCGGCUGGACCGACAACGUGACAAACAGCGGCACCAUCCACCAUACCUACUUCGACGGCACCACGCAGCGCAACCCCAGCGCCGAUAACCUGCUGCACGCCCACCUGUACAACAACUACCUGCGCGGCUGCAAGAGCUACGGCCAUUACGCGCGCGGCGCGACGGGUGCCCGCGUAGAGAAUGUUUAUUUUGAGGAUUGCAAAAAUCCGCUGCAGGCUGAUGAGGGUGCGACGCUGACGGCCGUGGGGAAUAUGUUUGAUGGGAGCACGGGUACGGUGGCUAAGGAUCAAGGGAAGUCGUUUGAUCCAGCGGGGUUUUAUGAGUACAAGCUGGACGCGGCGGACGAUGUCCCGGCUAUUGUGCUCCAGAACGCGGGGCCCCGGGAUGGUAUCUACUUCAUCACCGUGCAAGGCGUUCCUCUUUGGUAG